CUUACCUUGAAUUCUUCAGCAGGAUCCUUGAGGUUAUUUUGUAAAACACCACGUCAGAAACAUGUGAAACACUUCUCAGGCAGUGCUUCACUACUUUUCUGCCUGGAGUGAGCCUCACAGGGUGCGUUAUUUCUGAAGAGGUGUCGUUUCAGAAUGAGGGGUGCUGUAGCUCUGCUGGUGUUGCUGUUCUGUCGGUCUGGGGCAUGGGCUCAGGGAGAGAGUGGAGGGGAUAGAGAGAUUUUGGUGGAGAGCCACGGGACUGAAGAUACAGAGUUGACUAGCAAACACACGACCGGCCAGACCAUCACAACGCCUGAUAUCUGGGGUGAGGUAGAAGAGCUUAGAGACAUGGUGGAUAACCUGGGAACCAUGAUUUUGGAGCAGAGAGAGAAGAUGAGGAACAUGGAGAAGAAGAUGGAAAGAAGGUGGAGAGAAAAAUGGCAGAGAGGAUCUGAGGCCAGACUGGAGACUAUGGGGGCCAGACUGAGUGUCAUCGAGAGGGAGGUAGAGGACUUGAAAGAACAGAAUACAGCCAUGGGUACCAGACUGAGUGCCAGUGAAAGGGAGGUGGAGGAGCUGAAGAGAAUGAAUGCAGCCCUGGAGGCCAGAGUGACAGACAGUGAGAAUGGAAACACAGCCUUAGAGGCCAGACUGAAUGCCAGCGAGGGGAUGGUGGAGGAGCUGAGGAGAGUGAAUGCAGCUAAACUCCAUGACAGACCAAAGGUGGCCUUCUCUGCUGGUUUGACUAAUAAUGGAUAUGUAGGACCCUUUAAUAGUAUCACCAUACUAGUAUACAGAAGGGUCAUCACCAACAUCGGCAAGGCCUACAACCCAAAUACAGGUGUCUUCACAGCACCAGUGAGAGGACUCUACUACAUCAGAUUCACUGCCGUGGGUCUCAAGGGUCCACAGUCCAUAGGUGCCUAUAUUUACCACAACGACAAGAGUGUCAUGUUCAAUCACCAGAACAAUGACAACGGACAUAAUAGGUUCUUGUCUAAUGCGUUGACUCUAGAGCUGGAGGCCGGGGAUGUGGUUUACAUGCGUCUCCCAGUAAAUCAGGAGCUCUAUGAUGAAAAGUCGAGUAACUACAGCACCUUCAGUGGCUUCCUGCUCUUCCCUAUGUGAAGGGAGCACUCUGGUGUGAGUUUGAGAUCGAUAAAUAAGACCGAUUAUUUCUAUCAUUGAUGCAAAGCGACUCCUUCACUCCAUCCAGGUUUUUCCUUGUAUUUUUGACAGUGAGAAUUGCAGAGGCAAAGGAAAAUAAGAUCAUAAUAAUCAUAAAAAUGAAUGAUUUAUUUGAUUUGAAAAUGUAAAAGGUUGUUACAUUCAUAUGUUGAUGGACAUGAUAAGAAGUCCAGACCCCUCUUUAACCAGGAACCAAAUCAAAGUGUGAACUGGUAACACAGCAAUGGUGCUUGACCUAGUAGUGGUGUUCAAGGCAGUCUGAGGUUGACAUUAAACAGGCUGUGUCUGGCUCUGCCGCUACCGCCCCACAGUAAGGCCUCCGCAUCAACACUCAACAGCCUCUUCAUCUUUGUCGCUCUUGGUGAACAUAACUCAGAGACAAAAGAUAUCACAUGUGGUGUUCCAAAAGGUUUGGUUUUGGGUCUGGUACUCUUCAGUUUAUACAGUAUAUGUAACCCCUUGGCAGCGUUAUCAGAAAGCACAUAAUUGAUUUUCACUGCUACGCACAGCAACUUUACAUUUCUGUGUCACCAGAGUAUUUGAGCUCCACAGAUAAAUUCUUAGACUGUAUUAGUGAUUUAAAUACUUGGAUGGCUCACAACUUCCUCCAGCUAAAUCAAGACAAGACUGAGGUACUUAUUAUUGGAGCCAAUUAUUACAGAGAAUUUGGCUCACAUUUUAAUUUACAGGCAGUACCAGGUACAAAACCUAGGUGUCAUUUUAUAUUCUGAACUCAACUUCAAAACACACAUUAGGAAUGUGACCAAAAUAGCUUUUUACCACCUGAGGAAUAUUUCCAAGGUGUGGCUGUUUCUCUCUCAGGCUGGUACAGAGAAACUUUUUCCAUGCUUUUAUUACAAGCAGGCUUGACUACUGCAAUGCUCUCCUGUCUGGUCUACCCAAGAAAGCCAUUGGUCAACUGCAAAACAUACAGAAUGCUGCAGCACGGGUACUGACCAAGACCAGACGUAGAGCACACAUUACAUCAGGUUUAAGGUCUCUGUACUGGCUGCCUGUGAGUUUCAGAAUUCAUUUUAACAUUAUUACAUAGAUGUUUAAAUCAAUCAGCAAUUGUGCACCCCAAUACAUGUCAGACAUGCUUUUAAGUUAUGUACCCAGUAAGUCCCUCAGGUCCUCUGUCCCCAAAGCCUAGGACCAAGAAGUAGGGAGAGGCAGCCUUUAGUUAUGUCCCCAACCUCUGGAAUAGCCUGCCAGAGAACCUGAGGGGGGCUGAAACUGUGGACAUCAUUUAAAAGAGAUCUUUUAAGUUUUGCUUUUCCUAAGUGUGCUUUUUAGUUGUUCAGUCUUUGUUAUUCUUUUUUUGAUCCUCUUAUUUCAGUUUUCAUUUUCAUCGCUUUUUAUGAAUUGU